AUGAUUCGGGCAGCGAUCUCCUACGAAGAGAAGUUCCCGCUGGUUUUAAUUGACAACAAUGUUGAAAUCAAUCUGGGUCUACUUGAAGAGCGUGCUCAAAAAUAUCUUGCUUCCGUGAACAAAAGAUCACUUCGGCUCCAGACCCACCGGCUCAUAGGUCGAGGGCGACACAGCAGUGGAGCCGAGACACCACCAGGAUUUGUCAGUGCUCAGGAAUGGCCAUGUAAUAGCCCUGAUCUGAAUCCAAUGGAUUAUCCUCACGAGGCAGAGAUCGUUUUUGAAGAGACUUAUGGGUGCGGACCAUCAACAUCAAAUAGUCACAUAGAAGAUGAAAAAUGUGUCGACAUUGCGCGUGUAUUUGAGCUACAGCGGAACAUUCGUGAAAAUGAGCGUUUGCAAAAAAUAUGCUCAAAUAUUUUAGAGGCUUGUGAGCGGAAACUGUCUGAAGAAGAUUCUUGCGAAGGCGAUCUAUCCGGAGAAUUCAUUGACGGGCAGGUCACAACAGCACAUUGUUCUGACUCGUUGACCAACAGAACGUCAGCUGCUGUUAAAAUUCAGGUUAAGACGCAUACUGGAGAGUCGCGUUUCUCACCUCAAUUGAGUUUUCUGCAGGCAUGGUAUAGGGGAUGCCGUGAGCGGUCAGGACUUCAGAAUCACAUCGCAGCGAGGCGUAGCUUCAUGAAUGCAUAUAGAGGGAAUGUCGCAGCUGAGGAACCCAGUGAUGUUGUGGAUAACGUGGCUCUCAGCUCUCAACCUGUUCAUGAGAAGAUCCACGCCGCAAUUGAAAUGCUAUUCGACCCGAAAAUGACGAGCUUCUUAAUCGGCAAAGCGGGAUAUAUUGAAAAGCAGAUCAAUAUAACAACGUUAGAGCAGACAGUUCUAAAUGGUCAAAACAUUGGGAAGUUUUCCGCAAGGGCUCAAGACGUCGAUAGCCACGACGUGAUUGUCUGA